AUGGAGAUUCAUAACAUCUCAAAUGAUUAUGGGGCGUUGGGUGUUGAUUUGGCAACAUUAUUUCGAGCACUACCCGGUUGUCAAAAGGAGUUUAGCUUCUGGAAAGACAGAUGGAUUUUUGAAGAGCCGUUAAGUGCAAAGUUUCCUCGAUUGUUUGAAUUGGAAAGAAAUAAAAAUGCCUUGAUUAAUGAGAGAGUGGCUGAACCGUAUGGCUCUGUGAUUUUCUGCGCAGACUGGAUCAGAGCCCCUAGUAGCGCUGAAAAAUGCACUGAUCUUGCUGAACUCAAUAUGGCGGUACAUAAUUAUGCCUUCAAGGAUGGGGCGGACCGAUGGGGGUGGGCUUUGGAGGCUAGUGGCGAGUUUUCGGUUAGUAGCAUUCGAAACAAAACUGAAAGUUUGUAUUUUUCUAACCUGGGACUGGAGUUCGAAUGGAAUAAUUGGACUCCAAUUAAAGUUAAUUUUUUGAUUUGGAGAAUCAUCCAAGAUAAAGUCCCCACGAUAUCGGCCCUCGCAAGAAGAAAUGUGUAUGUUCCGAAUGACCGAUGCAAACUGUGUAAUGAAGAGGAGGAAUCAAUGCUGCAUUUGUUCGGCUCGUGUUGUGUCACGGACCAGAUCUGGGAGUUUGUAGCUGACUGGUGUAGGAUACGUCCCAUCUUCGUGUUAGAUCUUAAAGAUGUGGCUAGCAUUCACAAAAGGAACAGAGGUUCAAGCAAGUGGAAGAAGGUGGUCUACUUGGUUAUACAAACUACACUUUGGGUGAUCUGGAAACACCGAAACGAGGCAGUGUUUAAUGCGAAACAGAUUAACGUGACACGGAUCAUGGAGGAUAUCAGGCUUUAUGGGUUCCUGUGGCUGAAAAAUCGAGGGAAAGCGGUAGCGCUUACCUAG